AGCCAGAAAGGUGAGAGAAGAAGAAGAAGAAGAAGAGGAGGCGUGGCUAAACAGAGUUAAUCCACUAUGAUCCUGUGAGUCAGUCUUAGUCCCUUCUACAUAAAUCUACCAGUACCUCACUAGAAGGAGAUAUAAACAGAGACAAGGAAGUCCAAAACAAACUAAUCAAUCUAACAGAAAACAUUUAAAUUCUUGAAUUCAUCCCUUUGCUUCUUCUGGAUUAUCAUCAUUAUCAGACUGGGACAACAGCAGAGGAACAUGGCGCUCAUGAAGUCUGGCUGGCUUUGGAGACAGACUCCUGUCCUCAAACGCUGGAAGUUUAACUGGUGUGACCUCUGGAUAGACGGGAGUCUCUGCUUCUACAAAUCGGAAAGCAGGCGAGAUUUGGAGCACCGCGUCAGCCUCAAAACAGUGUGUGUGGAUGUGAGAUCUGGACUGGAAUGUGGAGAUGUUAAUCCACCAGAGAGUAAUCCCAAGGAGAACCGCAUCGGGAUUCAGCUCAGAAACGGCUCAAAUGUGAACCUGUGUGCCAACAGCGAGGAUGAAUCCAUAGCAUGGAAAAUGUCUCUGCUCGAGACCAGGAGAAACCCGGUGUUCACAUAUGACCCAUAUGAUGACUCCUACCAGGAAGUCCCCAUCAACAGAUACCACACAGUCUACAUCACACCUGGAGCAGGACCUGGCACCCACCAGGUGAUCGUGCAGAGGGACCCGUUCGAUGGAGUGAUGGAGAAUCUCGCUCUGGGAUUAGUGGCAGGUGUAGCAGCAGGGACAGCCAUGAGGUCUUUCCUCUGGAUGCCCUUCUUCUUCUGCUGAGAUGAUCUUCAGUCACCGACAUGAUGACGCUGCACAAAGUCUGUCUGUUCACAUGGACUGGAUGUACCGGGACAUCUGCAUGUGUAGAAAGCCUUUUCUUUCUUCUAGAUCUACCUCUAGAUACUAUCGCUUUAAACCAUGUUUGCUGCUCUUCUGGUUUUUCAGUUUCUUUGGGAUGCAAGACCCAAGAUUCUGAAAAGUUGGCUUUAUAAAUGUAUGUUUUUCCUGCAUGUAUACAACAUAUUGAAUGUAUACAUGAUUGUUAACAAAAGUCAAAGAAUCAAUUUUGUUACUGCAUGUUAUUUUGUCUGCUGCCUCCAUUUUACACUUUCUACGCUUGAUUGAAGUGCAGUUUUCACGCUUAAACAAUGAUAGACAAGGUCAUUAGCAAUAGUUAUUCAAAUUAGCAUUUAGAUGCAUGCGAGAAUAAACUGUAAAUAUGAUUUUUAGGACUGUAACCUUUUUAUUCAAUAAAAAUUCUAAGUA